AUGGCAGAUUCCUCCAAUUCUGUUUUUGCCUAUGUUGUUCGCGCUCCUGAAGAUCCCAUCUUAUGGGUAACAGUUGCUUAUAACAAAAAUACCAGCCUACUGAAAGUGAAUUGGGGGGUUGGCACAUAUCAAACUAAGGAAGGAAAGCCCUUUGUUCUUAAUGUGGUGAGACGAGCUGAACAAAUGCUUGUCCAUGACACGUCUCAAGUGAAGGAAUAUCUCGCAAUUACUGGACUAGCGGAUUUUAACAAAUUGAGUGUAAAGCUUAUAUUUGGUGCUGACAGUCGUUCCAUUCAAGAGAUAGGCAUUGUUUGCAAAGAUAGUGAUGUUGCAAGCAAGGUCGAAAGCCAGCUAAAGCUGGUUACAAGGACAAUGUACUCAAAUCCACCGAUUCAUGGUGCAUCUAUUGUUGCUACUAUACUCAAGGAUAGACAAAUGUACGAUGAAUGGACAGUUGAGCUGAAAGCAAUAACUGACCGAAUUAUUAGCACGCGCCAGAAACUCUUUGAUGACAUGCAAGCUUGA